AUGGACCCGGAGGAACUUUAUACCAAACAGAACUGUAUCGGAGGGGGAAGCUUUGGAAAAGUGUACAAAGGAGUGGACAAACGCACAGGUCAGGCGGUGGCUAUCAAGGUCAUCGACGUGGAAAACGCCGAAGAUGAAGUUGAAGACAUCAUACAAGAGAUAUCAAUCCUUUCGGAACUGCAGUCUCCAUACGUGACGAAAUACCACGGCUCAUAUCUUAAAGGUUCCGACCUAUGGAUCAUAAUGGAGUUUUGCUCGGGCGGGAGUUGCUCAGACCUCAUGAGGGCCGGCAAAAUCCAGGAAGAAUACAUCUGCAUCAUCAUUCGAGAACUGCUCAUGGGCCUCGACUACUUACAUUCCGACAAGAAGCUGCACCGAGACAUCAAGGCCGCCAACGUGCUUCUGGGCCAAAAUGGACAGGUCAAACUGGCUGAUUUUGGUGUAUCCGGACAACUCUCAGCCACCAUGACCAAGAAGAAUACCUUUGUGGGAACUCCCUUCUGGAUGGCGCCCGAGGUUAUCAAACAAUCCGGCUAUGAUCACAAGGCGGACAUCUGGUCUCUCGGCAUUACAGCGAUCGAACUGGCUCAUGGAGAGCCGCCCUACGCUGACAUUCAUCCAAUGAAAGUUCUUUUCCUGAUACCGAAGAAUCCUCCGCCCAUUCUAGAGGGAGAUUUCUCUAGAACAUUCAAAGACUUUGUCGAACUCUGUCUCCGCCGAGACCCCAGGGAACGACCCUCUGCAAAAGAGCUGCUCAAGCACCCGUUCUUCAAGAAAGCCAAAAAGACGACCUACUUGACCGAACUCCUUGAGAGAAACGAAAGAUACCUGGCGAGUCUUGACAAUGGUACCUCUAAUCAUGAGGAAGAGGACGAAGAACCUGUGAGAGCUGCGACUCACCGACCUGAGGAUGAGGAUCUAUGGGACUUCGGUACUGUGCGCCCCGUUGGAGGCCGCGGCCCUGGUCUUCGCCCGAUGAACGACUCUGCUACUAACGCAAGGGCUUCUGCAGAGCCGACUGCCGCUGCAAAGGGCGUAACAGAUUGGGACGACACAGUUAAAGUCCCAUCAUCGCCUCAGAAAUCCCCUGUCAGAGGUGUAUUCCCAACGCCUGCAAAGUUGCCACUACCCUCAUCUCCUGCAAAAGCGACAGCCUCAGUUCCCAUCGAAAAUCGAGCUCCAUCCGCGGCAUCUGUACCCUCUGCUACGCCGAGGACGCCAGCUGUCCGACUGGCAACUAAGAACGCACCUUUGCCACUGCACAAAGAUAGUCCUGGGUCAAAUGAAUACAACAAAGCAUUCCAGGCUCAGCUGGCCAAGGACAUGGGCUUCUUGAAGCUCGACACCGAGAACAGUCCAAUGUCCCCACCAUCUCAAGGACAGACUCCGCCAGGGAAGAAGCCUCAUAUGGUCAUCCCGGAAAUCCCGCCUUUCAAGGGAAAGCCAGGACGUGGGGAACCAGUCCAAAAGUCUCAACAAUCUGCAUUUUCCAGACCUGUCAGCCAACAACCUCUUCCAACCUCCUCAGCAAUGGUCUUCACGCAACAGCCCGUGGGGCCUGCAUCGAUUGCUAACCAGCAGCCCCUGCCGCCACUCACAACCAAAACAAAUGUAUCCCAGACAACAACAUCUGGCGCCAGCAACACAUCUGCACAGACACCUCGGCCAGACCCAAACCAGGAGCUCACCGCUCUUAACUCGGUCCUGAUACCGGCUCUUGAAGCAGCAAUGCACCGCCGGACGUACAUGUUAAAAGAGCUUGCCCGAGCAAGCAAGUUGGACUCCUCUGCGGCGACAGAAUUGCACCAACAGAGAGUGCAAACACACGAAAGGGUGCGGAAACUUGCUGCUAAGGUGGCGGGCGUGUUUCACGAGAUUCAAAAGUGCGAUGAAGAAUUUCCUGUCGGCAUGGGAGGCGGAGUUACGGAGUUCCUGGAGGGCUUCCUGGAGGAAAUACUGGUGCGGGUUGAGGCGGCAGAUGAGCCGGAGCCCAGCCCUCCUAAAAGGGCAUGA